AUGGCGGAAAGUAAUGCAUGGCAGCUCUAUGUAGCUGUGUGUGUGUGUUACCCUUCGGCAUUUAUCGGGGUGUCAUUAAGAACUUAUGUCAGGUACUUCAUGCAGAGAGUUAUGGGGUGGGAUGAUUGGUUGAUGAUACUCAGUUUGGCCGUUUAUACCAUGUACACGAGUUUCGUUUCAGUAGGACUAUAUUAUGGAACCGGACGACAUCAAGAAGAUCUGGAUGAAAGUGAUUUCCUAUGGGCGAUUCGAUACUGGUACUUCAGUGAAUGGGCCUAUGUCGUGACGAUGACUAUAAUAAAAACUGCCAUCGCCCUUUUCUACCUCCGAAUUAUGGUUAUCCCCUGGCAUCGAGUCGCUGUAAAAGUCAUUAUGUGGAUUGUGAUAGUCUUCGGAUUUGCAUAUUUCUGGUGCGUGGUUAUACAAUGCUGGCCUAUACCUUUCAUCUGGGAGCGAUAUGCUACGACUCCUGGUAGAAGUACUGGAAAUUGUUUGCCUAGAGGAAUUGUUUUGGGUGGAACGUAUCUGCAUAGUAUUAUAAGUGCGGGAAGUGAUUGGGCAUUGGCCUUACUGCCAAUUGUUAUGUUGUGGAAUGUGCAGAUGCCGACUGGUAUAAGACUUAUUGUUGGGGGAAUUGUGGGGUGUGGUGCUAUUGCUAGCACAGCGACCAUCAUUCGUAUUCCCACUGUUUCAAGUAUAUUGAAUGCUGAUGAUUUCCUCUUCAAAAGCAUCCCCUUAGCCGUCUGGUCGACCGUUGAACCUGGAAUGGCCAUAUUCGCCGCAUCUCUGGCUACUCUCCGGCCACUACUUCGGAGAAUCUUCCCCAAUCAUUUUCGGAACGCAGGAAUCCCAUCACUACCAUCAUUACGAAUCCCCACAAGUCCUGCAAGAAAAAAACAACCGUCAGAUGAUGUCGAGAUGGGAAUUAACACGACAUGCUACAGCGAGCCAAGACCUGAACAGACUGCAGGAGAAAGCUUGGAGACAAUACAAAUUCAUUUGGAUGACCGGAUUGAGGUUGAUAGAAGUACAAGUAAAUCAAUGACAUUUCACGAGGAGUCUUCAGGUCUUAAUUUGAGAUCAAAGGGGAGUGAUGACGAAAUGAUGGAAUUGUCGCAUACCUCUCGGGGAGCAUCUCUACGUCUCGCACCAUUAGUUUUCUCUCCAACAUGUCUCACGCACACAAUUCCUUCGCCAUCAACGCUUUCGCCUUCACAUGUCGCGUCGUGUAUGAGGGACAGUCAGUACAAUAGGGAUUCCAAGGUAGUCAUACCGUCUUCACCUAUAUAA